AGGCAGAGCCGGCCGUCUUCAACCUCACUCACCCCCUCACUCACCGAGCUUGAAUCCAAUCCGCCGUGGGAGAUGGAGUUGCCUCUAGACCCAAUCAACAGCGGGCUACCAAUCUUUGGGCCGGUGGCGGGGGAAGCCGGCGAUGCGGACGAGGCCGGGAGCCGCGCGUCUGCUCCGGCGGUGGCUGUCAUCCUCGCGGCGGAGGACAAGAUCCGCGGGGAACCGGGAGGGCUUUUCCGCAGGGCCGACGGCGGGCCUGCGCCUGCCGGGUCCGCUGAUCUGUCCACGGCCAGAAUGGACCCACAGGCUCCCGGCUGGACCAAAAGGUGAUUGCUUCUGUUAAGCUUUCCUAAUUAAUUAGUCCUUGGCAGCACAGACGAUUACUGUUUCAGUUAAACUCGAUUAGUCCUUAGCAUUUAUUGUUUCAGUUAAGCUGAUGGUGUGAAACAAUGCCAAUGCCAUAUGCUCAACACGAACCUCAUGUUAUUAUAAAGUAUUGUAGCAGCAAGAUUAUGUGUCCCGGUGAUUGGACUAAUUAAGAAAUAAGGUCCAAGAUGGUAAUGCCGUUGAGCUGAGCAGAAUUCGAUAUGGUAACUUACUUGAUUUCAUUGUGGGUAAUAUUAGCACGGUCCGAGUGGAAAUCGCUCGUGUGACAGUUUUUAUCUGUGAUUAUGAAAUGGAAUGUUACAUGGCCAAUGGCAAAAGUAUACACUACUGCUAUAUAUACCAUAUAGAGUGGAACAUCUUUUAGUCACAACACAUGGAUCAAGUACUGGUUGCUUAUUCUUGAGUGAAAUGCACGGUUGGUCCAUUAACUCGACUUAAGAGCACACUUUAGGCCAUCAACUCAAAAUGUGCACAGUUUAGGCCAUGAACUCGUUUAUAAGCACACUUUAGGCCAGGAAAACAUUUUGCCGGGCUAAUCCUGCACACGUGGCCGCCUCAUCGGCUCAGCCUGUAACCAGACCUGUAACACUUAGCUUUCUUAGGGUCUUUACAGAAAAAUGCGCAUAACUGGAAUCCCGCGCUAAUCACGGCUGGACCAAACCGUUCCUCUCUCGUACAUGUACUCUUCCGUGGUGGGCGAGGAGCAGGGCGAUCUACGGCGACAUAAGGCCGCUCGACGCCGGCAAGCCGUGGAUGGCUCGGCUGCGUGAGAAAACUGAUCCUCCACCUUUAUAUGAAGCUGAAGCUUUACUCUGUGUUUGUGCAUUGUAAGUUUGUACGAUCAAGUGUUCACUAUUGAGGUUCAUCAUGGUGGAUUUUUUUGUGGUUUGGGAAGCAACAAAACAUAUAUUGAUGACAAAAUUGACUUCUUUGACAAUUGUGCUGUUCAGGAGUGGUCAGUACCUUAUAUUGUGGAUUUGAUGGAGAAAUUGGGCUAUCCCGAUAGUACCAAGUACAAGGUUUAUUGGUUGUUGCCCGGUCAGAGAAUUGUCGAUGGUCUUUUCUUUGUGUGUGAUGAUGGUGACCUUCAGAAGCUCAUAUCUACAGUGCCCAAGGAUAGCAAUGUAGUUCUUUUUUUGGAUCAAAUGUAUGUGAUUGAUAAUAGCAUAUGGGAUGAUGUGCUCAUAGAAUCAAAUGCUCCAGAAUUGCCUAGUGUCAUUAUGAGUCCAUGCAAGAGUGCAGAGCAGUUUUCGGGGCAGGCAGAGGAGGAUAUCACUGCCAAGAUGAAUGAGAAGUUGGAUAGAUUGCAUAAAUUAAAGAAUUUGAAGGAAGAUGACAGUGAUAGUGACAGGCUUGAUUCAGAUCCAGAUUUUUUUGACAACGACAAUGACCCACUUGAUGGGGAUGACGAUAUGUUUGCUGCCUUUGUGGAUCAAGAUGUGAGAUAUUCAAUGAUCCCUGACAAAGGCAAAGAAGAAGUUCAAGGCAACGAGGUCGAGAAGGACAAGGAUAAGAAGAAUAAAAGGAAGAGGGAAGAUUCUGAUGGUGAGCUUGAAUUACCAGAUUCUGAAGAUGAGAACUUCAAGUUCAAAUUCAAGUCCUUUGUUGCAAUUGGCAUGGAAGAACCCGAGUUUAAGGUCGAAAUGUUCUUUUCAACUGUCGAGCAGUUGCGAGAAGCAAUCGAUCAAUAUAGCAGCCCUAGAGAGAGGGAGAAGUUUAAAACAUGGCAGAUUGUACCACUUGCUCUUUGGGUCUAACUAGUUAAUUUCCUGGUUUAUGUCAUGCUUAUGAAAUUUGAAGAUUUGGUUAUGAUGGUUUUUGGAACUAUGUAGUUGUGAUAUGAACUUGAAGGCCUUUUGGAACUAUAUAGCGGUGUGAUAUUUAUUUCCUCAAGCAAGCUUAUGAGCA